GCGUUCACGUUUCCAGAACAGUGCAAACAAUUCAGCGAAAGAUAGUCCAGACCGAGCUUCCUGACCCGAGUGCGUUUAGCAGAGGAAGUUGUCUGAAAGAGCCCCAACGUGCACGCAAAGGUGGGGAUUUUCUUUGCAUAACUGCACCGAAUCUGCAGGACUGGGCGGCAGAAGUUUUUCUAAUGUAAUUCAGUGGCGUCUCAAUUUUUAGUUUUUAUCCGGGAGCAGCACCACACCACGUCGUGCCACUCACGGGGAGAAGAGGAGAGGGCAGAAGUUUCCGCUGGGUUGUUUUGUCGUUGCGCGGCUGGUAAAUCCGCAGGAAUGUCGCAGAAGGAGAGACCCACUUUCUACCGACAGGAGCUCAACAAAACCGUGUGGGAGGUCCCGGAGCGGUACCAAAAAUUAUCUCCCGUCGGCUCCGGAGCUUACGGAUCCGUAUGUUCGGUGUAUGACCUGAAGUCAUGCCAGAAAAUUGCAGUAAAGAAGUUGUCCAGGCCUUUCCAGUCCAUCAUCCAUGCAAAGAGAACCUACAGAGAGCUGCGGCUGCUCAAACACAUGAAGCACGAGAAUGUGAUCGGUCUAUUAGAUGUUUUCACACCAGCAACAAGCUUAGAGGAGUUCAAUGAUGUAUACUUGGUGACCCACCUAAUGGGUGCAGACCUUAACAACAUCGUCAAGUGUCAAAAGCUGACAGAUGACCACGUCCAGUUCCUCAUCUACCAGAUUCUCCGAGGCUUAAAGUACAUCCAUUCUGCAGAUAUUAUCCACAGAGACUUGAAGCCUAGUAAUCUGGCUGUAAAUGAAGACUGUGAGCUCAAGAUCCUGGACUUUGGUUUGGCACGGCACACAGACGAUGAGAUGACUGGCUAUGUAGCCACCCGGUGGUACAGAGCCCCGGAAAUCAUGCUCAACUGGAUGCACUACAAUAUGACAGUGGAUAUCUGGUCGGUGGGCUGCAUCAUGGCUGAACUACUCACUGGACAGACGCUCUUCCCUGGCACAGACCACAUUGAUCAGUUGAAACUUAUAAUGAUGCUCGUCGGAACCCCAGGGCCCGAGCUCUUGAUGAAAAGCUCUUCUGAGUCUGCGAGGAACUACAUUAACUCACUUCCUCACAUGCCUAAGAGGAACUUUGCUGAUGUGUUUAUCGGUGCCAACCCUCUUGCUGUGGACUUGCUGGAGAAAAUGCUGGUGCUAGACACUGACAAGCGGAUCACAGCCUCUGAGGCUCUGGCCCACCAGUACUUCGCCCAGUACCACGACCCUGACGACGAGCCCGAAGCGGAGCCAUACGACCAGAGCUUUGAAAGUCGCGAGCUGGAGAUUGAGGGAUGGAAGAGGUUAACCUAUGAGGAGGUAGUCAGUUUUGAGCCACCGUCAUUCGAUGGAGACGAGAUGGAAUCCUGAGCUGGAUAAAGAGGAGGCACCUUUUUACUUCCAUAUUUUGUUUUCCAAGAAACACUCUUUGAGGACUAUGAGUCUCUUGUGACUAUCCAUGACUUUCUUACUCUUUCACACACACACACACACACACACACACACACACACACACACACACACACGACAUUCAAGUGCCUGCCGUCAUUCAUCUCCAGGGGAUGUUGUUUUAUCAGGGACAAAACUCCACAUCCUGUUCCUUGAGUCCCCUACUUUGCUGUUUCUGUUACUCUGAAUCCCGAGGCGCUGAGGCAGACUUUAAUUUCUUCUUAUAUUUUUUGUGAGUUUUUACCUUAGUCAUUUAUUGUUAAUAUUGAUCCCCUCUUUGAUUCAGAAAACUACAAACAAUGUCAGUAACUUGGAGGAAUGUAACUCCUAUGUAUUUUAUAAAACAUUGACCACUCAGCAGUAAUUAAUAUUAUAAGAAAGAAGUUUGAUAGAAACCGUUCAUACUGGAAUGUGUCUAAAGUUUGUCUUUCCCCCACACUUAAAACCCCCCCCGAUAUUUCUAUCAUAAUAGAGAAUUGUGUAAAUAUGACAAACAGUAUUUGUAUAUGAGUUAAUUUAGACAAAAUAGUUACCCUAUUUCUAUAAUAGACAUAAUUGCUGAGUCACACUUGGCUGAACCCUUUGAAAGUAUGAUUUUUAUUACUAGAGUUUAGCCUAAAAUAGUAUAUUAAAAUAUUCAGUAUGUCAUUUAGUACAAGUAUGUAUAUGAUAGGCUAAAAUAUAAAAAAUGUACCUCUACUUGACAAAUUCAAAGCUUCAUAUUUCUUAUUGUUGGAUUUUAAGGUUUACGGUGACUCUUUUUUAACCAAAAUUUGAGUUUGUAGUGUUGGGAAACAUGGCUUAUGUGUCCAUCUCUUUCUACCUAACAUUAGUUUAUUUUCUUCUAUUCUCUCCAUAUCAAUUUUUCUUCAAGCACUUCUUUUCUGCUCUUUCAGAAGAAUUUUACAGUCCACAUUAUAACAACCUACACUUUCGCAUGAAAAGCCAAAAUUGGCUUGUUAGUUUUUUGAAAUGUGUUUUUUUCCCACCACAACACCAACUGACAAUGUACUUUAAUCAUAUUGCAUUUACAAAACAGUACUAUUAAUGUUUAUUGAAUGUUCGGGGCACCAGUUCACCCUGUAUUUAUGAUCUUUUGUUAUGUUUGUAUAUCGAUGUAAAAGAGAAUAUUAUUUGUCAGAUUUUAAGGUUCUUUUAUUAUUUAUGGAAAGCAUACUGUUUCAGAAACCAAAUGUAUCGUCAAUGAUCUCAAACAUCUGUUAAGCCGUGGUGACUGCCGUUACAGCUUGUGUAUCAGAGCCAAAAUCAUUAUUACAACGUUGCAGAUAUUCUAGCAGUUCUCUAACAUGUAUUUAUAUUAUUGUGUUCGCUGAGGUACUGCCCUCCAAAGGAAUCCUAUUUUGAAAAAGAAAUUCAACAUAAAACAUAACAGCAAAACUAUGCAUUACAUGAUUUUGUAUUGUCGCCAAAACCACUAAACAGUAUACUCCUUGUUCUGAAGUGUACUACAAACAUUGACAAAAUAUUAUUUCUAUGUGAACUAUUUUAGGAAUCCUUAUGAGAUACAGGCUAUAUCCACAGUUACUCUGGCUAAUGUCAACCAAACAUCCGUGUCUUCACAAUUUCAUUUGUAACUGGUGGUUUUCUUGUAGCUUUUUUCUUAAUAUUAUUUUAUUCUUUGUGUGUUAAAUCAAGAUGUGAUGUUAUUCUGUGAUUCUUGUAAUAUUGAUUGUUUUUCUAGCAAUGCUAGAAUUGUAUUUGUCAUUCAUUUGAAUAAUUUAGCAAGGCACAUGUUUGUAAGACAGAGUGUACGUUUACUCACUGGAUGCUGAAGGGCAAAGCUGAAGCCUCGUUCUUUGUAGUUUUAAAACUACAUUAGAUAGGAUAUUUAUCUUGUUCCAUAUUCAAUUAUCAGUAGUUAAUUUGGUAAACGGUUUUUUUUCUUUGCCUGAGAUGUGUUCAUAUCUUUUUAUUACUAUAUGCUUCAUCACAUGUACCAACACAGCACGCCACCUGUAAAUACCACCAUUAGAAAAUAAAGGCUACUAUUUUUCAAACUUGUAA